CAGAAACACAGCUUCCCUAUCAUCAAAUGUCACGGCACGCCACUGCUAGGUACUGACGUAAUUUGUAGUAUUGUUAUCAAAAUAGAUGUAUGCAAGAUAAUUAAUGUAAAAUCUUUAGAUAACAGGAAGUUAAAUAUAAAAAUUUUUUUAAAAAUUUUUUUAGAUAAUAUGAAGUCGAAUAUGUAAAGGAGUUUUCAAGGUUCAAACCUUACAAACAUUUGUAAUUUAAUGGAUAACAAGUUAAAUAUGCAAAGGAAUUUUAUGGUUUUAACUUUCAGUAAUCUGUAAUCUAAAAGGUAUGUUUUGAAAAACAUGGCCGUUAUAUGUUUGUUUAUAAAACUGUUGUAACUUGUGAACUUUUAUUUUAGUUGGCUGAAGAGGGGCAAGGAAUGCCCGAAACGUGUACAAAUAAGAUAAAUACGUAUCAACUAAAUAAAAUUUAAUGAUGAGAUUUGCCAACUGUCUGAAUAAAUACAAUAAAUGAUUUAUGUUCUAAUUAUUAAAAAUUACUGGCACUGUUUCAAAAAUAUCAGAAUAACAAUCAACCUGAAAAUCAGCUAGUGACAUCAUCGAGGUAGAAGUCAAUACUUGGGGUUCCAGUCAGUUUCCAGUACUUUUACCAAACUAACACACCUGCAGAUGGAAGGAGCUAAGAAAUUAGUUGAUAAAAUAAUAAACGAACAACGUUCUCGUUUUAAUGCAUUAAGUCAAGAAAUUUGGAAAAAUCCAGAAACUAAUUAUGAAGAAAUUCAUGCUCAUGAUGUUCUAGUUUCUACGUUACAAGAUUUUGGAUUUUCUGUUCAGAAGAAUUACAUUCUACCAACUGCAUUUAGAGCAGAGUUUGGUGAAGGAAACUAUCCGAAAAUUGCUGUACUAUGUGAGUAUGAUGCUCUACCAGAAAUUGGUCACGCAUGUGGACAUAACUUGAUCGCAGAAGCCGGUGUAGCCGCUGCUGUUGCAAUUAAGUAUGUUAUGGAAAAUCAUAAAAGUAUCCAAGGUAAAAUUGUAGUUCUUGGCACUCCUGCCGAAGAAGGUGGAGGGGGAAAGAUAAAACUACUUGAAGCAGGAGCCUUUAAAGAUAUUGAUAUUGUCUUAAUGGUACAUCCCAGUCCAACAGAUCAUCUGUUUCCACCUUUCAUAUCUUUGAUAAAGCUAAAAGUGAAUUAUUUUGGAAAAGCUGCGCAUGCAAGUGGAUAUCCAUGGGAAGGAUUAAACGCUUUGGAUGCAGCUGUUACAUGUUACAACAAUAUUGCUUUACUUCGAAAACAAUCGAAACCAAAUUGCAUAAUACAUGGAAUUAUUAGUAACGGCGGCGGAAGCCCUAGUAUCAUCCCAGAUGAGACGGAAUUAAGAUAUGCUAUUGGUGCAAAUAAUUCCCGCGAAUUGGAAGAUUUGAAAAAGAGAGUUGAAGACUGCUGUUUAGCUGCAGCACAAGCUACAGGCUGUGAAGUGAAACUGAGUUACGAUACCGAAGUACGAUACGAACAUCUCAUCACCAAUGAACUUUUGGCAAAUACUUACAAGAACUACGCUGAAGAAACAGGAGUUAAAUUCAAAGAUGGAAAUCCCAACUAUGAUCCUUUCGUAGCACCUUCGGAUAUAGGAAACGUAUCGCAUAUGGUACCGAGUAUUCAACCACUAUUCUCGAUUGGAACAACAGCACCUAAUCAUUCUUAUGCCUUUACCGAAGCAGCUGGUUCUGUGGAAGCGCAGCAACCAACUUUAAACGCAGCUAAAUCCAUGGCUCUGACUGCAUUGGAAAUUUUCUCUGAAUCGCGUCUUUUACUAAAAGUAAAAGAACAAUUUAAUAAGGACAUUGUAUUUAAUUCUUAAUUAAACAUAGAAUAUUAAUUAAAAAUAAAAUUCUAAACUUCAAUCCUAUUGAUGACGAAGAUGUUAUUCUGCAAUAUAAAAUAUUUCAUCUCAUAUAUUUUCGUAUCCAAAAGCAGAUGUACUAUUAUUAAAACACAAAAGACAAUAAGUUAUAGCAAUACAAUUGUCAGCUAUUUCACACAUUUCCUAUAAUGUUUACUCUGUCUUUAAUCCGCACUCGCAUAAACACUGAACUCUAAUGGGGUGAUAGGUACGAACCUGUGUUUAUUAUUGGAGAACGGUAUCUUAACAUGCUAACGACUUUUUGAUCUCAGAGCUCCAAGAAAGAUUUCAAGAUACCAUAUUCAUCAAUGAUGUUGCACCAUCUCACGUCCCUCGCUCUGUUCAACGUGUGUUAAGGCAGACUUUCAGGGAUUAACGGGUGAUUAAUCGUUACUUCCCAACAGCUUGGCUUUGUUGUUUACCUGAUUUUACCCCAUAUGACUUCUGGCUAUGGGAUUAUUCCAAAUAUCAGGUCUAAUGUGAACGAUGCGUAUUUGUAUCAGAUCUAAAGCAUGUUCUCGUGAUUAAAGGGAACUCAUGCAUUCAGAAGUGGGAAACAUGCUUUUGAGAAUGGAUCACAUAUUGAACAUUUGUAACUGUGAUUUGCAUAGCUACCUACUACUUAUCGGUGACUUCUUGUACGAGAAAUUUAAAUUUAACAAAUGGCGAGCGUAUCGUCUGAAAUACCUGUUGUCCAAAUGUUGUUUCAAUUCGAGCAGUAGAACAUUUUACAGAGCACUCUCAGUUGGGGAAAUUUAAUUUCAACAACCCUGUAUAUUUGCAUGUCAAGUAUGGACGAUGAACAAGAAAUCACAAAAAUCUACGAAAUGUAUUUUUCCAUUAUUGGGUCUUUCCACUCCGUGAACACUAAAAGGACCAUAUCAUUCGGAUAUUCACUUCAAAAAGAAUCUUCUAAUCGAGAAAAAAAGGCAGACGUAGCAGACGUAUGUUGCCAGAAAGCCUGUACCUUUGGUGAUUACUGUGAAUAAAUAAUUUUAUCAAUUUAUAAUAAUAAAUUAUGAAUAUUAUUCUGGACAUUCGAUGCAAAUG